GGGGACAGAGAAGAAGAGUAUAUUUACUUUUUUGUGAUAUUUUUUCUAGAUUUUGAGCCGUCUUAUCUUUAUUUCUCCACCUCAGAUAUUACCAUGUCUACGGUUCCGGUGAAGCCACUAUCACCUGUUGGCUUACAUCUUCUUCGCCGGAACCUUACCUUGAAGUCUCAGACAAUGCUCACCUCCGUUCCCAACAAGCAUUUUCUUGGGUUGUCUACUUAUAACAGAUGCUUUGAAUUUAAAUCAUUGAGGCAAAUGAGUAAUCCAGCGUUUUUAAGCCACCGUCGGCGAGUUAGCACGGUGGUGGCUUCGGCCGGAAACAUGACUGCACCGUCGUCAUGGGAGUCUUGGAUGCCAGAUAGGAAGGCGGCGGCUACGACUCUAUUGCUGAGUGAUGUCAUUUGGCCUGCAGCUGGAGCGUUUGCGGCGAUGGCAAUAAUGGGAAGAAUAGAUCAAAUUUUAUCCCCAAAGGGAAUUUCAAUGUCCGUUGCACCACUUGGUGCCGUCUGCGCCAUUCUUUUCACCACUCCAUCUGCUCCUGCUGCUCGGAAAUACAAUAUGUUUUUAGCUCAAAUAGGUUGUGCUGCGAUUGGAGUGGUAGCGUUCUCCGUCUUCGGGCCAGGUUGGCUCGCCCGGAGCGUUGCCCUCGCUGCUUCUCUCGCUUUUAUGGUCAUUUUUCGUGCCAAUCACCCUCCUGCGGCGAGCCUACCACUAAUGUUCAUAGAUGGAGCAAAGUUCCAUCACUUGAAUUUCUGGUACACAUUGUUCCCAGGUGCAGCCGCAUGUGUCAUUCUAUGCCUUCUUCAAUCGAUCGUAUGUUACUUGAAGGAAAACAUAAAAUUUUGAUGAAUCAUCAAGCGACACACAUGAUCGAUGAUAUAUAUAUAUAAUAAUGUACAAAUAUGCACACAUUGAUGGAACCAUUGUGAAUGUAUUUGAUUCAUCUAUAAAUAUACCCUUGUACGUAUAAAUAUGUUCAUUCUGAAUAUUUACUUCACUUUCUUUUUUUGGUUAUCAUCUGAU